CAUCUUGGAUAGUAGUAACUUUCAAGUUCCGUACGAAAAUCCAAUUUACUUCGACUGUUGGAGAUCAUUCGCCGUUGUCAUUGUGCAACGCAUCGAGGGGUUCGCAGCGUCUAACAUAGUUUGCUAUAUUAUUUGCAUUUGCUGUGUCUCCACGGACGCGCAGCUAAUUUUUAACGAGGGUGUGACUGUAUACGCUACAAAACUGGAGUCUUUCGUUUAUUCCAUUCAACAAAUGCCUGUUCGCAAGCAAGUGACGCAAUUUUGUGUCUUUUCCCCAGCAGAUGCCCAUCGGGCCCUCGAGCUGCUCGAGGAUUACCACAGCAAACUUACGAAGCCGGGGGACCGACCAUUACGAGCUGCCAUCGAGCGUGUUAUUCGUAUAUUCAAGAGCCGUUUGUUCCAGGCCUUGCUUGAUAUUCAAGAGUUUUAUGAAGUAACUCUGUUGGACGGUAAUAAGAGCAUUGCACAGAAGACAUUUGAGACGUUAGAGAUCGCAUCAAAGUGGGAACAAGAAACACAGAUGUCUCUGCCAAGUCCUUAUCGAUAUCACGAUGAUGAGCUACCACCGCCACCUGAGUUAGGCCCCGAUACGACACCACGCCUCGUACCUGUACUAGGAUCUAAUGUUGACAGGAAAGUUGAGAAUGUUCAGACUUAUGUACAACAGAGUAGAGUGUCGCCACCUAGGGCUGCACCUGCCCCAGUACGACUUCAUGCAGAUCAAGUAAAAGAAACCUCAUCACCAGAAGAUCAGUACCCAUCACCACCGCCACUUGUUUCAACAGCACCCAGACCAAUACCUGUGCCAAUUCCGACACCACCAUCUCCUCCUUUAUUAGCGGCGUCAUCACCCCAACCACCACCUUUUGUUAAUGGAGUUGGGGAAGACGAUUGGGAAUAUGAAGAAAUUACUUUGAAAAGAGUAAGUAAAUAUGUUUAUCUAAACAGAAUAAAUGAUGCGAUCAUUAAAGUAAAUGAGACUGGUACACUCGGAGUGCCUCAUGCUGUAGCUGUGGACGCAUUGAAAAAAGCGGGUGAAGUUGUCUGCAUGUUAUUGCACUACAGUUUUAAACUGCUUAUAGUUUUGUCUAUAGCGACUGCAGCAACUGCUUUUACAUGCCAGUAG